AGAGAGACUCAUCACAACAUAUAGGAAUUUAGUAAUAAAAUGAAAAUUGAAUUGAUAAUAUAAGUAGUUUAGUGAAAUUUAUCAUUUACCUUAAAGAUUGAUAAGAAGAAAAAGUGUUAUCUAUAUCCAUAAAUUCAGUGUAAAAUCUAUACCAAUAUAUGUUCAUGAUUGUCGAAAAUAUUAUUUUCUAAUUUUAUUCGUCUAUUCAAAUUAAUCAGAAAUUAUUAAGGUGACCACUGAAGUUAUUAAGCAUUCAUAAUGUCAGGAAGUAGAAAUGUGAUAUUAUUAUUGGCAGGACUUCUGUGUCUUCCCAUAGCUCUGUAUAUCAUUGUCUUUUCAUCUGAAUGGGCACAUGAUAUUUAUGGCAGGGAUUUUGAUGUAGUAGUCUUUUCACAAACUUUACCAAUGGCAGUUUGUGGCAAAUUACACAUAGAAGAUCCAUCAAAACGCUGUUCAAUUCCGGAUCAUACAAACUGGACAAUUCAUGGUAUUUUUCCAUUUCUAUUGAAUAAAGCUGGACCAGGCUCAUGCAAAGAAUCAGCUAAAAUAAAUAUGUCAAUACUGGCAACAUUGAAAAAUCAAUUAAUUAAUCAUUGGCCUGAUUUACGAAAUCAAACAACAACUUGGAGUCAAAGUAUUGUGCCAACAAUAAUAAAGCCAGUCGAAAGUAAUAUGACAAUGAUUUUGAAAAAUGAAAAUUCAUAUUCAUAUAAUUCAACAUUAAUGGCAAUGUCUCCAGAUGAUCCGAUUAAUUCAACAACAAUAAUUCCUGUCGUUGAAUACAACGAAUCAACAACAAUUGACAAUUUUGAAAUUGAAGUUGAUGAUUUGAUAGAAAUAACAACUGCUCCUUCAACCAGAGUUGCCAGAGAAAUUCCAACAAUCAUGUCAAUUAUUGCUCCUGAUUUUAAUUCAAAAAAUCUAGCAAUAGAAAAUAUUACACAAGAAACAACAAUGUUUAAUUUUGUACCAUCAACUCUAUCUACUACAACAGUAUCAUCAGAAACCACACGACAAUCAGAUUUUAUUGCCACAGAUAAUUCAAUGAUAGUAACUCCAUUGGAUUUUAAUUUCUGGUUAAAUGAAUGGCAAAAACAUGGCACAUGUGGAUUCGGUGAUUCAAAUGAAAAUCAAUUUAUAAAUUAUUUCAAAAAAGCCAUCAGUCUAUCAGAAAAAUAUAACAUUAAUAAAUUAAUAACAAAAGCAAAUAUUUAUCCAGGAAAUAGUUAUUCUCCAGAUAAAAUUAUCAAUAAUAUUUCUAAUAUUUUGGGAGCACGUUGUCGUAUCAAGUGUUUUUGGAAUGAGAAAAAACAAAAAUCAUAUUUAAUUGAAAUUUCAAUAUGCCUGGAUAAAAAUCAACAAUUAACUGAUUGUAAUAAAUUUGGUGGUUUACUUACAAAUUGUAAAUCUGAUUAUGAUGUUUUAUAUAUUGAUGAAAAUAAUUAUAAAGAUAUUAUCAAUGACAGGGAUGAUAAUAUCGAGAGUUAAAUUUAA